UUCCAGGAGUGAGACACCGUCGUGAACGAGCAGCACCUGAACGCUGCAUCUGGCUCCAGCCCGCUCACUCGGACACACACUGAAACAGCAGUAUGUGUUUGACCAAACUAAAGUGAGUCGCUGGCUGCUGCUGUGUGCACGGUUUUACACACAACAGAAACACCAACAUGGAGGUGUUAUUUUCGGGGACAGGACCGCGGUGAGAGGGCCGACCGGAGGAUGUAGGGACUACACGAGGCGGCAGACACAAUACAAAAGAAAGCGCCGAGGAGAGGAGGCGAUGGUGGGGGAGAGGAGCAGCAGCAUCGGGGGGUUUCACACAUACCCCAGCUUCAGUUCUCUAACAUAACCAUUCACUUUUAAACUGGGAUAUCAAGGCGAAAAUAUCCUCCAGCAUGUCGGAUCCAAGUCACUGGUCUGCGGCUCCAAGCCACACCAAGUCUCAUUUUGUUCCGGGAGCCUUGCUGAAGCGCUCAAAAAGCUGUCGCAACAGCAACAGGAAGAACCUCGGUGUCGGGACGCUAUCGCCCACGCUGUCCCGGCCGCUCUCACCGCUCUCACUGCACACCGCUGCAAGCAGCCCUCUAGACAGUCCUCGAAAUGUGUCGACUGGCGCCUGCCUCAACUUCCCUUUUGCCCGAAGUCACUUGGCUCGCGCUGACAGAGCUGAGGGCCGGAGAUGGUCUCUGGCGUCCCUCCCCUCGUCUGGCUAUGGAACCAACCCGCCGAGCUCCACUGUCUCAUCCUCCUCCUCCUCCCAGGAGCGUCUUCACCAGCUUCCCUACCAGCCGACUCAAGAUGAGCUGCACUUCCUCUUCAAACACUUCCGCAGCACAGACAGCAUGACCGACGAGGAUGGGCGGCACUCCACGCUCAUACGACCUCGGUCUCGGAGCCUCAGCCCCGGGCGAUCAAACGUCUCAUUUGAUAAUGAGAUUGUCAUGAUGAACCAUGUUUACAAGGAACGUUUUCCAAAGGCCACGGCCCAGAUGGAGGAGCGCUUGUUUGAGAUUAUCACCCACUGCUCUCCAGACAGCUCCCUCCCUCUGGCUGACGGGGUGCUGGGCUUCAUCCAGCACCAGUUGGUGGAGCUGCUCAGAGACUGCCUGGACAAGUCCCAGAAAGGCCUGGUUACCUCCCGCUACUUCGCUGAGCUGCAGGAGAAGCUGGAGAAGCUGCUUCACGAGGCCUACGAGCGCUCUGAAAGCGAGGAGGUGGCCGUCAUCAUCCAUUUGGUGAGGAAGAUCCUCAUCAUAAUCUCUAGGCCGGCUCGCCUCCUGGAGUGUCUGGAGUUCGACCCGGAAGAGUUUUAUCACCUACUUGAGGCCGCCGAGGGUCAUGCCAAAGUCGGCCAGGUUAUCAAGACGGACAUCCCACGCUACAUCAUCAGCCAGCUGGGUCUGACCCGCGACCCUUUAGAAGAGCUUGAACAGUAUGAUGCGAGUCCUUCAGUGACAGUGGACACAGAUGCCAGUGUGGAGAACAAGGUCCCACAGACGCUGACACCGACUCGAAGGAAACCUUUUGAGAGUGACUUUGACACAAUCAAACUCAUUAGUAAUGGAGCUUACGGGGCCGUAUAUCUGGUCCGUCACAAGGAGACCCGACAACGGUUUGCCAUGAAGAAGAUAAAUCGUCAGAACCUCGUCCUGAGGAACCAGAUCCAGCAGGCUUUUGUUGAGCGAGACAUCCUGACGUUUGCCGAGAACCCCUUCGUUGUCUCCAUGUUCUGCUCUUUUGAGACACGACGUCACCUAUGCAUGGUCAUGGAGUAUGUGGAAGGUGGAGAUUGUGCCAACCUGCUCAAGAACAUGGGCCCACUGCCUGUAGAAAUGACACGGUUGUACUUUGCUGAAACAGUCCUGGCAUUGGAGUAUCUUCACAACUAUGGCAUUGUGCAUCGGGAUCUCAAACCUGACAAUUUGUUGAUAACAUCAAUGGGCCACAUCAAGCUGACGGACUUUGGCCUGUCUAAAAUUGGCCUCAUGAACAUGACCACCAACCUGUACGAGGGUCACAUGGAGAAAGACACGAGAGAGUUUAUAGACAAACAGGUGUGUGGCACUCCGGAGUACAUUGCCCCAGAGGUGAUCCUCAGACAGGGCUAUGGGAAGCCUGUGGACUGGUGGGCCAUGGGGGUCAUCCUCUAUGAGUUCCUGGUUGGCUGCGUCCCAUUCUUUGGAGACACACCUGAAGAGCUUUUUGGACAAGUUGUUAGUGAUGACAUCAUUUGGCCAGAAGGAGACGAUGCCCUGCCUGCUGAAGCCCAGGAUCUGAUCACCCGCCUGCUCAGACAGAGUCCUUUAGACCGACUGGGAACUGGCGGAGCCUCGGAGGUCAAACAGAACCCUUUCUUCAUUGGUUUGGACUGGAAUGGACUCCUGAGACAGAAGGCUGAAUUCAUCCCGCAGCUGGAGGCGGAGGACGACACGAGCUACUUCGAUACUCGUUCAGAUCGUUACCAUCAUUUGGCAUCAGACGAGGAUGAGGAAACCAAUGAUGAAGAAUCUUCCUUGGAGAUCAGGCAGUUUUCAUCCUGGUCGCAUCGCUUCAGCAAGGUUUACAGCAGCACAGAACAUCUGGCCACGCCAUCCAACCUGAGCUUCUCCUCCGACCGGAGCCACAGCGAGGACAAAGAGGACCGCAGGGACGUGGGGGGACUGAGUCCCUGCCCGGGCACAGCAGAGGGCAGCGCCGAGCGCAGACACGCCGGGCGCAUGGCCAGCCUGCGCCCUCGGGCCUCCUCCAGCUCCUCCCAGUCUGAGAGGAGCACCAGCCCUCUGGUGAUGAGCAGCACCCACAGCCUGGAGACCAUGCCACGCUUCGCCCUCUCCACUGAUGAUGAAGCUGAGGUGGUCGUGUCAAACCUUCGGAGGAUCAGGAUACGCAGCAACAGCACCGGGGCCAAACACUCAUCCCCCAAAGAGCCGACCGGCCCUCGACGUUUCGGUAACCAGCUGGAGACGCCGGACAGACAGAGGCUGCCCUGCGGAGGGAAGGUUCCCAAAUCAGCCUCCGUCUCAGCCCUGUCCCUCAUCAUCACUACAGACGACUCGCCCAGCGGCCUCCAGCCCAGUCCCAUCUCCCCUCGCUCUCUGUCCUCCAACCCUUCAUCCCGGGACUCCUCCCCCAGCCGGGACUUCUCCCUCAGCCCGGGCAGCCUGAGGCCUCCCAUUAUCAUCCACACCUCCGGGAAGAAGUACGGCUUCACCCUGCAGGCCAUCCGGGUCUACAUGGGCGACAGCGAUGUCUACACGGUGCAUCACAUGGUGUCGAGUGUGGAGGAGGGGAAUCCAGCUUACGAGGCAGGGCUCCGCACUGGAGACCUCAUCACCCACGUCAACGGAGAGUCGGUCCAGGGCCUGGUCCACCCUGAGAUGAUAGAACUGCUACUGAAGAGUGGCAACAAAGUGUCUCUUCAGACCAUAGCACUCGAGAACACGUCCAUCAAAGUGGGUCCAGCGCGGAAGACCAAACACAAAGGGAAGAUGGCUCGUCGCAGCAGAAAGAGCAAGAGGAGAGAUAAUUACGACAGGCGACGAAGCAUCCUAAAGAAGCUGUCCAAGCAGAGCACAGUGAUACACAGCAGUCGCAGCUUUAACUCGGGUCUCCACCACUCAGUGUCCUCCAGUGAGAGUCUUCCUGGCUCCCCAACACACAGCCUCUCCCCCGGCCCCUCCACACCCUGCCGGAGCCCCGCCCCCGACCAUCAGGCCUGUGACAACAACUCUCCUCAGAGCACGUCUCCCUGCUCCAGCUCUCCCAGUUCUCCCGCAGCACACAUCCGGCCCAGCUCUCUCCACGGCCUGGGCUCCAAACUCAGCACGCAGCGCUACACCAAGGCGGGCCGCCGGAAGUCAACCAGCAACAUCCCCCCCUCGCCCCUGGCCUGUAACUCUUCCUCUUCCUCAGCCCAGCCUCUCUCUCCUCAGCGCUCUCCCUCUCCACUCUCAGGCUUCGCCAAAAGCUUUCACAGUUACCACGGCAAAACUCUGUCCCCCCCCACCAUCGUCAGACAUAUUGUCCGGCCCCGCAGCGCCGAGCCCCCCCGCUCUCCUCUCCUGAAGAGGGUACAGUCCGCUGAGAAGCUGUCUGGUGUGUACCAUGCUGAUAAGAAAUCUUACACCCCCCGCCGGCACACGCUGGAGGUUCCGUUUUACGGCGAGGGGGACCUGCUGGGGGAUUUGGAGGCUGAGGGAUCCUGUGGAGGGUCCUACAUUGGUGUGGAUCUCAGCAGGCUGGGGGGGUACAUCGGCAGCCAGAGGUUGAGGGACUCUGGGAUGGAGCGAUCGGAGCAGCUGGUCGUGAUGCGAAAACUCAACCUAUCAGAGCGAAGAGACUCUUUUAAGAAACAGGAAGCAGUGCAGGAGGUGAGCUUUGAUGAGCCGGAAGAGAAAUCCAGCACCCCAGGUCCGGGCGCCCAAACACAGCAGCAUCGGCACGGGACGGCCUGGACCCUCACUCGACCCCAGACCAGCGUGGAGGUGGAGCCAGAGGUGCCGGUGGUCAGGAGGUUCACUCUGGUGCCCCAGAUCGCCGUGCAGGGCUCAACAGAGAGCGAGCAGGAUGAGUGGGAGCCAUGUUCAGAAGGCGAGGACACCAACAACGAGACAGCAGUGCCGCAGGCGGGCGCCCCUUCCUCUCAGCCACAACAGGCAGGACGUCCUCUUUGUGACAACAGCUGCAGUCCGGCAGCAGACAGCCCCCCCACUGGUCCUCAGGUUGGUCCCUCCACAGAGAAGACCGAGUGCAGAGAGGAAACUCCACAACAAGGGCAUUUGAAAAGUGACGACUCACCACUGCACUAACUUCAACUGCUCAUCUUUUAUUUCAAGUCUUUCAAAGUUGUAAAGUCAUUUACAAACUUCAUGAACUGAGUAAGGAGAUGAUUUUACUUGAAUUUUUUUAAUUAUUCAAAUUUGCCUCAAGGCAUUGCAGACCUGCUGGUCUUAUUUAUUACAUAUAUAAGCUAUGAUGAAUUAGUAAUGAUGAAAGAGGGAAGGUCUGAUUUAAAGAGCCAAGGGUCAACAUUUUUGUAUCCAUAAAAUGUGGUUUUGUCUUUUGACUAGAUUGCUUUUUGUAUAAAUGUCUAUUUUUUAAAUACAUUGUUGCAGUACAGAGUAGUUUGAUAAUGAUCAGCAUAAUUGUUGUAGGACCAAAAGGUACUAGUUUUUCUUUCAGUGUCAAUUUAGAUCUGAACAGUGCAGCUUUGAAUAGGUUACUGCUAUUAUAUUGAUCUUCAGAAACCUAAGAAUGACCUUUGGUUCACACUGUGAGCAACAUGGUUGAUGUGUCAACGUCUGAUGAAUUGUCAGCAGUUGUAUCUUUAAUAUACAACAAUAGUAUUUUUUUUUUUUUGCUGCUGCUGCAGUCAAAGCUACCAAUUAGCAUGAAAGGAAAAAAACGUGUUACUCUCUUUUUGCACUCCUCAGACACUGUAGUUUGUGCAAAAAUCACAUUGGUGGAGAAAACAGCAGUGCUAUAGUUGUGAAAGAUAAAGUUCUUCCAUUUACUUGUUGAUCAUGUUUCUUACGGUGUGAAUUCAUGGUCACAGCAAACAUUUUCUCGAGUUUAUAACAGGUCAGUGCAGGGUAAUAUUGCACACAGAAAGUACAAUCUGUUACAUGAUAUAUACCUCAUUCACACCAACGGUGUUUCAGGGCCGGUUCGGAGCUGGAGCUUGAAAAGCACCGGGUUUUCCUCUUCACACCGCAGCGGAGCAGCCUCUUAGCUCCGGAAUCCGAUGAGCAUCUAAGAGACACCAUGCCUACAAGACCUGUUCCUACUUAAUUUACCGUGUAGUAAUGUUUACAUCGAAAGGAAAAGUGCACCAACGUAUUUUGACAUGCAUUUUGUAAGAGAAUGUUGAAGGUAAAUUGAAAAUGGCAGAGGGACACAUCCUUACAUUGAAUCCAAAUCCAGGGCUUCUUUGAACAAAUGUUUUAUCUCUUUGUAUUGUACAAAUAUUGAUGUAUAUUUUGAUAACGAGGGUGUAUAUAAUUCCAGAUGUGUUAAAGGAUGUGAAAUGCACAAUGACUAGUCGAGGCACCAGGAUUUUUGGGAAGUCUGACUUGAGGGAAUGGGCUGUUAGUAUUUUGGUUGUACUUCCUGAGUUUUGAGGUUUAUUGUCUUAUUUGUCAGUGGCUGUUGCUGAAUUUUGUAUCAACUUUCUCCUGAGUCUUCUGUUUCUAAAGCUUCAGAGCUGUUGAUGUGUAACCUAAGUCUCUCUUCCUCCUGAAAUCUCAAGAUGACGACCUUUUUAGAGUGUUAUCAUGUCAGCACAGAGAUUUUGUCGCUGAAUGGCUCAGUUAUUUUUGCAGUCUGACAGAAUUGUUUACAACGAACAAACAUGCUAUGUACUGUACAAACAUUUUCUAUCCUGUGGCUGUAUGAUGAAACUACCCCCUUUGAUACCACGAAAGAAACAACACUCAUCAGAGUAACAUAUCUGUUUUUGUUUUGUUUUUUACAAAAUGUUCAUAAAGAGUAAUUUAGCACUGAGCUGAGAAGCAUUGAGUGUGUUUACAUGCACUUAAUUCAUGGGUUGAGCCUUUUGAAAAUAUAUUUGUUUGUAGAUGACAAUCCAAGCAAAGGGAUGCUGAUGGCCAUGUGUACAUCUAAUAUAUAUAUAUAUAUAUAUAUAUAUAUAUAUUAGAUGUACAUAUAUAUCUAUUUUGUGCAAAUUAGCGCAGGUAAUGCUCCAGAGGGAUGAAUAGAAAAUGCACGUCAUUGUUCUAGAAGUACGUUUAUUACAAUUAAAUAGAAAAAGGAAAACAGCUGAGCAUAGGAAAAGCUUUUUCAAAGUUAAAUCUAACAAUCGUCAAAUAUGCAAGUAUUAUUUCCAAUAUCAUAUGGCUAAACGUUUUGGGGAACCCUUUUUGCAGUGUAUGUAACCUUGAUUUAUCUGAAUACCCUUGUAUCGACGUGAAUGUAAACAUUCAAUGCUUGAAAAAAACUUCAUUCACUGGAGGUCCUCAAAGACACGAUUCUCAGCUGGUGUUAAACUUUCUCUUAAAGAAUAAACUGGCAGGUCAAAUUGUUGUACAUGUGCAUGUUUUCUCCUGUGCACUCUUCUGUUCAGUGCAUGCUGCAUGAGACAAGCACACACCUGUAUUACUUGAUUGCAUGGUAUACCGGCCCUGUCGCCCUGUACUGUGUUUUCUUGUGCAACAAAUAAAUCUCUUUGACUCAUCCUUAGAAUUA